AUGAACUACAAUGACAACUUGCGAGGACAAGUGGCCAACAACAAACCUCAAUAUCAGCCCAGCGGGCAAUCCUUGCGGCUCAUCAUUCUGCUGAUCCUCGUCAUGGGGGUGGCCCCGUCCCCGGCUCUGACGGCGGGAUGCCCGGCACGCUGCGUGUGCGAUGACCAGCUGGUGGUCCAGUGCGCCGGGCAGCACCUCACCACCUUCCCCACCGAAAUGCCACUCUCCACGAGGCAGCUCAUCAUCUCCAACAACCGCAUCAUUGAGCUACCGCCGCUUCAGCUCAACUACCUGUCGGACUUGGUGUAUUUGGACUGUAGCAACAAUUCACUGACGGAGAUUUCGGAGUCCACAUUCGGUAACCUGCGGAAACUUGCUUACCUGGAUUUGUCCUUCAACACCUUGACGCGGAUAGAGGACAGGACGUUCGGGCCGCUGUCCAGCCUCGUGAUGCUGAGGAUGACGGACAACCCCGGCAUGUGGGACAUUCACCCAGACAGUUUCGCGGAGAACUCGGCGCUGCAGGUGCUGGACGUUAGUAGAAACAACCUGACGGUGCUCAACAUCAGCUCUCUCAUCGGGCUGCCCACCCUGCGCUCUGUCGGCCUCAGCGGGAAUCCCUGGAGCUGCGACUGCGACAAUGAAGACCUCUGUCUUUGGAUCCACGUUGAGGGAUUCAAGUUUCAAGAUGAGGGCCAGACGGUGUGCGGUGGUCCUCCUGACCUGCGGGGGCAGCGUUUGGGUGAGCUGGGGCUGCAGCUGCGGUCGCGGUGCCACCAGGGCCUGGUAUCGUGGGACUACCUGUUCUUCAUCGCCAUCGGCUUCGUCAUCUUCGCGGCGGGCACGGUGUCGGCGUGGGCCAUCGGGGUGGUCAUGGUGCUGUACGAACGCUACGUCAAGAAGAAGAGCGAGCAGAUGGACCCUGAGGACGAGGUGGAGCAGGGCGCAGGACCUGGCACGGGGAGCGGGGGUCGUCACGAUGCAAAUCCACAUGGCAAUGGAGGUUUGAAAAACACUGGUCACAUAGUGGUUUGACUCCUCCCUGUAGCCCCCCCCCCUUCCGGCUGUGCCUCGGAACCAACAGAACUACAAAACCUGUGAUGUCAUAGGAUGGCAGAGAUUAAGAAGAAACUUCAAAGUAGAGCACACUGGGAUUUCUAUUGACUCCCUUGUAAAAGACAAGCGAGAGACAACACAAGAGAUGUGCCUGACUUUCAUUGAGAUUGAGAGUUGAAUGGUCAUUGUCAUACACACUGAAUGUACAAAACAUUAACAUUAGUCUUCCUGAUAUUGAGUUGCACCCCCUUUGGCCCUCAGAACAGCCUCAGUUCGUCGGGACAUAGACUCUACAAGGUGUCGAAAGUGUUCCAUAGGGACGCUGGCCCAUGUUGACUCCAAUGCUUUCCACAGUUGUGUCAAGUUGGCUGGAUGUCCUUUGGGUGGUUGACCAUUAUUGAUACACACGGGAAACUGUUGAGCGUGAAAAAAACAGCAGCUUUGCAGUUCUUGACACAAACCGCUGCGCCUGUCACCUACUACCAUACCCCGUUCAAAGGCACUUAAUGUGUAUGUGUGCCAUGUGUAUG